CGCCGCCAACUGUCGUGCGCACAAAUGUCGCUAGACGUUGAAAACAUGGAGGACACUUUUCAUUGAUUAUCCAAGGCUCGUGUCUGUAUCCUGUGUGACCUGCCUGAUUCAUUAACAUUCAAGUUAAGAUAAACAUGACGUGUCUGUUGGGAGAUCGUGCGUGUAUGGAAGGUCUAAGAAAGGACAUUACAGAUCUUCAGGGUACUCUGAUCGAUGUCUUCUCUAGAGUUGGUGCUGUACGCUUCCCAUCCUGGAAAUUCCCCGAUAAGAUGUCCUGUGAUCUGGACUUGGUGCAGUUGUUGGAUAGAUAUGAUUUUGUAGAGGAUGAUCCAGACUACACGCAGCUUUCACACAUGGUUUUAUUGGAGCUUGUGAUUGACAGACUUUUGCUGCUUCUUCAGAGCUUUGAUGUGUAUGCAGAAUUAAUAAACAGUGAUGGUGGCUUCAUACAGCCUCGAGAUCACGGACCCUCAAUGUCAGUUGGACUUACAGUACGGAAGUAUUGGAGCAACAUGUUGAAGUUGGGGAAAAUUUACCAAAAAGCUAAAUCUUGUUCACCUGAAAUUUUCAUUAAGACCAAAGAGCCCAAGACACCGCAGGAACGUCCUUGUUUGUCUUCACGCAAGGCCCAUUCGGUCCUAUCACGCACAGAAAGCCGUCAUCCUACUGGUGUCCCUCAGGAAACUGACCUUUCCAUUGCAAAGCAUGUAUGCACCGUUGGCUCACAGACUUUAGAGUCUGCUCUUGUUCCAUGCGAUGCGUGUGCCAUUGCUCAGAGUAGUUUAAAAGAGGUUAGUGAUGCCAUUGUUAGUGUAUGCAAAAGUCAGAACUUGCCAUCUUCUCUUAUAAAAAUUCAAGAAGUCUUGCCACGUGAGGGAACCCUGUCUCCUUCAGAAAUGAAGUACUGGGCCAGUGAAGAAAGCAAGGAUCUAGUUCGAAUCGGCAAACAUCUGACCGAGCUCACACAGCUCAUUCAGCCUCUGAGAAAUCAGUGUCAGGCUGCUAAGAUAGAGAAUCAGCGUCUAGAACAAAACCUAGAAGACUACAAGCACCAGCUAAAGCUACAGAAAGAAGAGCUGCAGCAACAGGCAAAUGACCAUGAGAAGAAGCUACAAGAGAAAGGACAACGGAACCAGGAUAUGUUGGACAGGCUUGAGAGGGACAAAGAUGAACUGAGGAAAGGGUCUGCAGUCCUAGAAGAAAGAGUUUCCAUCCUGAAAGAAGAGUUGAAACUUCAGCACUGUACCAUACGAGAUCUGGAACUGGCAAGACAGAAACUUUUAGGAGAGAUGCAGAGCAUGGUGCGCAAGGAAGAAGUGUCUGUACUGGAGAAAAAAGUCAGUGACUUGACAGUCCAUCUAGAAAAUACAUUACAGAGACGUCAGGAAUCUGAGGAGGCCAUAUCUAAAGAGAGGGCUCGUGGAGAGAGCCUUCAGCACCACAAAGAGUCCCUCCAGGCAAAGCAGAAAUCACUGUUACAGCAGUUAGACAGAUUAUCACAAGAGUGUGAAAACUUGCACGGUAUCCUGGGGGAUGCAGAUGAAGAAAGAGCCAAAUUGGAAGAUCAAAUAGAGCAAAUGAAGACACAGGAGGAAAAUCUAAGGAGCCAAAUGAAGGAACAGCAGGACACGACAAAGACUCUUCAGCAGGAGAAGGUGACACUAGAGAUGUCCGUUGCAGCGGUGACCAGCCAGCUAACAGAAUUACAAGGGUGCCUACAGGAACAGAAGGAAACCGAGAGAUUGCUGGUGUGCUACCCAGACUUACACCCUCUCCCAGAAUUUGCGAGCUCCGGGGAUAUUACCGAAGAUAUGGAAAAACAGCUUCAAGCCAACAGUAUCCGAAUAAGCAUUCUGGAGGAGGAGAAUUCAAAACUACGAGUCAGCCUGCAUAAACUAGGGGAGAAAAGCAAACUAGGGGCGCUGAAGGUAAUCCCUCAAACUCAGCUCUGGACUCUUCCUGCCACAGUAGAGCCUUUGACCCCCGAAUCUUAUUUGCCAAGCAGCAGCAGAAGUAGCACAACAAAACCUCCUAGUCCCGAACUAAAUACAGCAACACUUCAAAAGUACCCAAUGAAGUCUCAAGAAAGAAAAGGAUCACAUCACUCUCUAAACCUUCUUACUUUCCCACCUGAGAACUCCCCCAUAGCAGCUUUCGCUCGUGUCAGACAAGUGAAAGGGAGAAACCGAACCCCUAGUUCAGAUCGCAAGUAACUAAAAUGUACAGUAUUCCCCCAAAAGAUCUUAUUGUAUCAGGUGGGAUUACUGCAUGCAUUGAUUGUUCUUCAUAUAAGCCGGAAUCACGUGUCUAUUUGGAAUUACA